AUGUUAGGUAAGGGCAGCAGUGAGGGCGUGACGUCACAGAAAGGGAAACCACGCCUACUUUCCCCCUCAGGACGCGCCGCCAUUUUGGAUCCGCCGCCGCUCCCUGAGGUGAUGCCAGACCUUCCCAAAGACCCCCCAGAUUUGGGGUCUCUCCAGGAUCUGCGGGCCGCCUUGGAGGAGGCGCUGCUGCGCUGCCCGGCCGAGGCCGAGCCCCCCGAGCUGCGCCCGGUGCUGCGGCUGCCGCUGCCCCCGACCCAGAAACUCAAACACCUGCAGGGGAAACGCAUCCUCUGCGACAACCUGGAAUGGAACCCUGGCGGUCUCCCCCGUGGCCUGGAGCAGCUGAGGACGGCGCUGAACAUUCUGGAAAAGUACGGCCGCAACCUGCUCAGCCCCCGCCCGCCCCGCCACUGGAGGGGGGUCAGGUUUGGCAACCCCGUCUUCAAAUCCACCGUGGGAGCCAUCCAGGGCGGCCGGGCCGUGCUGAAGCUCUUGGGGUACACCGAGGAGUCGGGGGAGGGGCUGAGCUUCCCCCCUCCCCCACACGGGCCCCACCCCCCGCUGGUGGCCGCCGUCACCGCCGACGUGCUGGUGCUGCGCGCCGAGCUGGACCUGCUCUUACUGAACCAGCACCCGAACCCGCACUUCUUCACCCAGAUCUUACUGGGAGGGGAUGAGUGGCCGCUGGCGUCGGACGCGGUGCCCGCGGCGAGCGAGGUCCUCCCGGCCGGUGAGGCGGGGCCGGGGCGGGGCUGGGAGUGCCGCAGCUGCACCUUCCGCAACCCCGCCCCCCGCGUGCUCUGCCUGGUGUGCGAGCGCCCCCGGCUGGCCCGCCGGCCCCAGCCGAGCCCCGCCCCCGCCCGGCCCUGGCCCUGCCCCCGCUGCACCUUCCUCAACCCAGGCCACGCCCCCCGCUGCGAGAUGUGCGGCGCGGACCACGCCCCUUCCGGUGACAUCACUGCCGCAGUGACCACGCCCACUCCCGCUGCUGUUUCGGCUACUUCCGGGUUUGGUGCUGCCACUUCCUGUUCUGACCCCGCCUCUUCCGGGCUGACCACAGCGACUUCCUGUGCUGGAAAAUCGACUUCCGGGUCUAGCCCCGCCUCUUCCGGUGUGACCACAACGACUUCCUGUGCUGGAAAAGCGACUUCCGGGUCUAGCCCAGCCUGUUCCGGUGUGUCAAAAUGUACUUCCGGCACUGCCGAUGUCACUUCCGGUGUGUCCAAAACCACACCCGGUGUGGCCGCGUCAACUUCCGGUGUGGGAAACACCACUUCCGGUGUCGGGGAUGCCACUUCCGGUGACCCAAAACUAACUUUCGGAUUGGAAAAUACCACUUCCGGUUCUGGCAAUACCACUUCCGGUGACGCUAAAUCAACUUCCGGUGCGGGGAAUUCCACUUCCGGUGUGGAAGGUGUUGCUGGUGAGGCCGGAAAUGGCACUUCCGGGUGUGCUGAGGCCACUUCCGGGUGUGGCCCCGCCCCUUCCCGCGAUGCUUUGCGGCAGCGGAAGCUGCUGGAGGACGGGCGCCGCCUGGUGGAGCUCGUCAGGGCCGCCGAAUCCCAGGGCCUCCCCCCGGAAUCCCUUGGCCCCGCCCCCUUCUCUGCGCUUCCGGAACCUUCCGGCCCCGCCCCCAGCCCCGAAUCCCAAAUCCGGCACUUCCGGAGCCGCCUCGGAGGGGUCCUCAAGUCCCUCCUGGAGGCGGAGCCUGACCAAAAUGGGGGCGGGGCCUCCCUGGGGCCGUUCUCAUUGGCCGAGGCCGCCUGGGCGUGGCUGGAGGGGGAGGGCCAGCUUGACCGCGCCCGCCGCGUUCUGAUUGGCCGGAGGAAGCAGCAGCUGCGGCUCCUGUCCAGCCUCGGUUUCCCCGAGGCCGCCCCGGCGGCGGCGGCGCUGCGGCGGCAGCAGGGCAGCCACUGGGGGGCGCUGUGCGAGCUGCAGCGGAUCAAGCUCCGCCCCUUCCGCCUACGUCAGCAGCAGGGGGCGGAGCCAGGGCUGGACUUCGACCAGGCCGACCAGCAGGCCCUGGUCCGGCAGAUCCUGGCCUCCCUGCCCGUGGCCAGCUGGGGCCGGGCCUCGCUGGUGGCCGGCCUGGGCCGCGAGCUGGGCCUGGGCCUGCUGCCGGCCCCCAGCCAGGAGCCAUUGCUGGCGGAACUGGUGGAGGCCGUGGGGUCCUGCCCGGACAGGGCUGCCCUGCGCAGGCGCCUGCGCUGCGAGUGCGCCGUCUGCGGCUGGGGGCUGCCCCGGCAACUGAUGCAGUGGCUGCCGGGCUGCUCGUGCCCCCUGUGCCCCGAGUGCUUCCGGCUGCACUUCACCGUGGGGCUGAGGGAGAGGGGCGUGGGCGCCCUGGGCUGCCCCAGCUGUGGCAGGCCCGACCUGCGCGACGACGCCCAGCGCCUCUGGUACUGGUCCACGCUGGAGCCCGCGGGGGUCAGGGGGGCGCUGGGGUGA